UGAAGAAAUCUUGGUGAUUUUUUUGCAUCGUUGUUGAGUCUUAUUUUAUUAUUAGUUUUAUUAUUUGAUUAUUUCUAACUCUGAAUAUUUGCAAUUUUUGUAGUGUCAUUCGACAUUGAUCAUGGAUGCCGGUGAUCAUGAUACAUCCAUAGAUCAUGAUUUUUUUCUCCAAGGACUCACAGGGGACUACGGCCCCUUUGAUACUAGUGCUGCAGGUGAUGAUGGACCCGACGGUGAACCUCCGGUUGGUUCACAUCCAGAUCCAGGUGAUGCAGCAGGAGUGCCAUCGUCAGGCUCUACAAGUGCGCACACAUUAGCAAGCAGCGGGUCUAAAAGAUCAAGAGCCGGUACUUCCGAAGUUUGGCAAGACUUUGAAAGGAUCUACAAAGAGGAAGAUGGGGUAAGUGUCAGGUAUGCUAAGUGUUAUAUUUGUAAAAAUGAAUUAUCUGCAAAGCCCUCGGGUGGAACGGGGCACUUGAAGAGGCACGCCAUAAGUUGCAAGCGAAAGAGUGGAGCAGCCAUGAAGCAGACGGUGUUGCAGUACAACCCCGACGGCUCUGUUCAUCAUUGGGAGUACGACUCUGCCAAUGCUCGAAAAGAGCUAUGUCGCUUCAUUGCAAGAGCGGAUCUACCACUCAAUAUCGGUUCUUCAUCAAGAAGUUCAGACUCUUCGUCACGAUCGUCUACGGGCACCGGAAUUCCAACAUCCGGAGGGGAGCUAACUACCUUCAUCGACAGUGACGUUAUCAGCCACGAACAAGAAAACUUCAACAUACUGCAAUGGUGGCAUGAGCACAAGACGAAUUAUCCAGUCCUUUCACUGUUAGCGCGAGAUUUGUUAACGGUUCCUGUAUCUACAGUUUCUUCUGAGGCUGCCUUCAGUCUUACAGGAAGGAUAAUCGAAGAGAGAAGAACAAAUCUGUCAAGUGAGAUGGUUGAAAUACUCACCAUAGUAAAGGAUUGGGAACAAGCUGAAGCACGAAUGCAACACACUGCAGAAAAUACUGAGCUUGAAGAAUCAUUCCAAAAUUUGUAUCUAGAUGCUGAUGAGAACGUGUAAUUUUA